AUGGAUUUAGAAGAGGGAGCUUCUAGUGAUCCAAAAUAUAAACAUUUCAACGAUGAUUUGAAUGCAGUGUUGAGUGCAUUCUCAAAGUCGGUGGAAUGGGCAGAUCUCGUUAAAUGGCUAGAUACAUAUGAAUUGAUAUUCAGUAGAAUUGGUCAAGAUAAAUUAGCUAUAGAUAUCGCUAUUUAUUCGAAUGGUUUGUUUCCUUUGUUCAGACAUGCAAGUACCGAUGUUAGAUUCAAGUUGUUGUCGUUGUACGAAAAGUUCUUGUUGCCGUUGGGACACAAGCUGCACUCGAGCUUAAACGGUAUAGUGUCGUCGUUGUUACCGGGUUUGGAAGAGGGCAACGGUGAGAUGUACGAAUCGGUAAAGAAACUCUUGGAAUCAAUUCAAAAGUCGACGGCAACCACACUAUUCUAUCAAGCCAUUUGGAAAUCAAUGGUAACGACAUCAUACAACAGACAAUCGGCAAUCGAUUUCCUCUUGAAACAUCUACCAAGAAAUUUCGAAGAUGUUACACUUCAAGCUACAUUUUUACCAGAAAAGAAUAAUUUAGUUGCACAGGCUUUGUAUGAAUCGUUGAUGGAUCCAUUGUCGUUGGUGCAGAGAAGUACGUUGGAGUUGAUUACUGGUUACUUUCCGAUUUCAAUAAAGAUAUUCUCAGAGGAUGCUCUGCAGAAUAUUAUAAUGGCGGCAGUCAAGGUGGUCGUUCAUAAAGAUGCAUCGUUGAAUAAACGUUUGAAUUCAUGGUUGUUAGGAACUGGCAAGGAGAAAGAUAGCAAUAAGGAUAAAGAAAACAACAAUAAUAAGGAUAAUAUGAAUAAUAGUAGUGGUAGUAUCAAUGUUGUUCAAAGCAACAUCAGUUACUUUGUAAAUUACGUUGUUGAACAACGUGCUGAAUCCGCUCGAUUUCAAUGUGGUUCCGCAACUACAACAGCUGCAAUCGCAGCAGCAACAACAAGCACAACAGAAAAAAGUAAAGGAGAUGACAUCGGUUUUCGUUAUACUCACUACGCUCUUCCAGAAGGAGGAGUUCCAAGAGCUGCUCGACGGCAUCAUGCUCGACAUUCUUCGUUGUCUCUACAAAUGUGUCUGCGUCUGAUCGGUAAGAUCAUUGUCGGCGACCAACACGCGCAACACCAACAACAGCAACAAGUGAAUCUCAUCGAUUGCAUCGAAACAUUCCAAGAUUAUUUUGUGAUACUGUGUGGCUAUGUCACCGAGAAUCUCAGUCGUCUGAAUCCACCACAGACCACAACGCUCUUCCCGCUCACACCACUCUCGGGAAGCGCCACCAACAGUCCAUCGCUGCUGUCACAGUCUGUGCUUCUCCAACAGCAAAUCGCAUCGUCUUCAGGCUCACAAUUCUCAUUCGUCACAAACAGUGAUAUCUUUAUUAUUCUCGAUCUUUCGCUACAGGUUCUGGUUGGACUGGUUCAUCAAUUCCGUACUUCGCCAGGCGGACAGUCACCAGCAGCUUCAUCGCCACUGCUCGAAUCUUCAAUGCCAAAGUGGUUCCUACCAAUCUUUAGUUUCUGUAUGUCGGAUAACCCAUUCAUCAGUUGUCUGGCGAUCAAGUCAUUCAUCAGUCUUGCCAACAAACACGGUGAGAACAAUCUCAGUCGCAGCUUCCGUAGUAUCAUCACCACCAGCCAUUUCUCACAACUCGCCAAGAAGCUGUGGAGCAUGCUCGAACCAAACAACUGCUCUGUACACUACAAAGUUGCAUCGCUCUACUUACAGCUACGUGAAAUGAACGAGGAUGCAUGCUCGUCGGUCAUCGCAGAGGCAAUGCUCGAUACAAAUCUGAACAAUCGUGUCGAAGGCUACCAAAAGUUUGCGCUAUUCUGGCGUCUCACUGGUGAACUUGGAAACACAUCUGUUCCAUUCUCAAACACUCUGUUCUUGAUGUUGGAUUCGCUUCACGACGACCAACCAAUCAUUCGUUUGACCGGACACACCUGGCUAGCCGACAGUAUCUCGAAAGCUGAGAGAAUAUUGGAUCCACUGCUGAUAAUCCUACUCGAUAAAUCGACGAUCCGAUUCAAUCAUAUCUAUCAAUCGAUGUACGACGCGCGUCGUGUUAUCUAUGCCUUCAAAGUGCUGAAAGGUAUCAUCGAGUGUGACUUUAAACUGUUCAUUCACCACGUCAUUGAGAAACCAAUCUCCAAAGAUAUCCUGUCGUUGAACGAAGCGCAAUCACUCAAUUUCCGUGAGACACCAAAAGCUAACGGUCCAAAUUUGACUGGCGCCAAGCGACCCGGUGGAAAAGAUGACAAUCCACAGGUCACUCAGAUGUCGUCGACUCCCUAUAUUUUCACAAACUACUCGAGCACACCGACCACCAGCAAUACAACAGCUCCAUCAACAACAGAAACCUCUUCAGAUUUCCUCUUUAUUCCAACCAAUUCCUAUAUAGAUUUGCUGGUUGUCGUUGCACUUCGUUUCCUCCAGGGCAUGGUUCCACCUUCGACCGAUCAAUCCACCAAAGAAGGACAGUCGUUUGCUUCUCAGAACGAUGUUGUUCAGAUUUGCGCAGCUGAAUUCCUCCAAUAUCUGCUGAAUCAAACAUCGAUCCAACCACAGAAAGCAAUUGAAAUCGCCAACUACAUUCAAGAGCCAAUUCUUCAGAACUUGGCACAAGCAGUAUCCUCCAGCAAUAUGGUGUUACAAGUACAUCUACUCUCACUGUUGAGAUCUAUCGUGUUGAUUGACUCGUCGCCAAACACACUACCUUCAUCUCCAUCGUGGUCUGGCUUUAGCGGUGCCGGUGGCGAUGGUACCAACAGCAACAGCAAUAACGCACUUGGAAACACUUCAAUCAACUCGAUCACACAAUCCACUAUGUUCCUUCAGACCACUGUUGUCGGUCUGAUUCAACCGUCGUCUCGCUUCAACAUCAGAUUCUACUGGCUCGAUUUUAUAACGUUCUGUUUGCCGAGAAUGGCCAACUCUGCUCAACUACCACAUGUGGUGAUGACCAUCAUCAAUUGUCUGCGCGAUCUCCUGAUAUCGUUCGACAGUCGUUCACUCUAUGACAGUCUGACAUCGCGUGACAUCAUUGUACUAUUAAAGAGUUUGACAUUCAUCUUGAAAUUCUCUGUUCUCGAACCGAUCACACCGUUCGACAGAGUAUCGAACGAAGAGCAAAUCACCAACCGUAGCGGUGCAUUGGGUGGUGUUCGUCUGCUGACCGAUUUCGUAAAGGAUGUAUUCACCUCGGACAUCGAUCCAUCGACCACACUGACACCGAUCGGCAAAGCGAAAGAAGAGAUACUCAGAGAGCUACCUUCGAUACUGGCACCGCUCCUCAAGGUUUGGGGACCACCCAAGUCGACAAACUCCAAGAUUUCAAUGUCAACCGAUGUAUCGUCGGACACUCACAACAAGUUUGCCAUUCAGGAUUUGAUUACUCACAUCAUGGAUCCAUUCAUGACAAAGUAUCCAACCUAUUUCUUGGGUUCGAUCAUCGACAUCUGGCAGAAAACCGAUCUCAACACACAGGAAUCAGUCAACACUCGUAAAGUGAUCAUGGAGAUACUCAACAGUUUGGAGUCGGUGCGUGAGGAAACAAUGUUCCAGUCGCUCUACCAGAUUCUCUCGAGUCUUCACAUUCAGGAGCGUGCCAAACCACCUAAAUCCACCAUCCACAAGAUCACCCUGAAAGAAGCUGCGCUCUACGACUUUGUCUAUCGGUACAUCGAGGAGUACACCUCGCUAUUCGACGGUAUCACCACUUCGUUCCUCUCGUUUGUUCGUGAGUCGCUACACAGCUCCAAUCCAAUGACAUUCGUAUCGCAGCUUCAAAUCCUCAAUGUCUACAUCAAGAAGAUGAGCGGUGAAGAAAAGUCUAAACAUCCAAUGAAGUACAAGAACAACAAGCGUGACCUACAAGAUUUGAUUCCCAAGAUUGUCGAAGCUUGCUUUAUGAUCAGUGGUAAAUCAUUCAAUGAUAUCUCAGCUAUGUACAUUCCACCAUUGGUCGGUAGUACCGGCUCGGACAUGUCGCCAUCACGACCACCUUCAGUUGACACCAGAAACAGCAACAACAGCAAUAAUAAUAAUAAUAACGACAACUCACUUCCACCAUCGAUGUUACAAACACCACCAUCCGCUUAUACAUCAGCUGGUACCUCUAUUGGUGAAGACUCUGGUUCGCGUGGACGUUCUUCUUCGGGUGGUGAACACGACUCUGGCACCAACCUCCUAAAGAGAGAAGCAAGUCGACUAAAGACACAAGUCAGUUUGAAAUCAUUGGUACAUCUCUCAACAACAUUAUCCAUUUUAUUAGAUGCCAUUUUCGAUGAUAAAGAAAGAAUUGCAACCAUCUUGACAAACUCAUUACACAAUGUUGUUCCAUAUCUAAAAUCUAAAGUUGAUGUAAAUAGAGAGAAUUCAUAUUAUGCAACUUGUUUAUUCUCAUCGCUAUCAGAUUAUUCAUAUAACAUCAAAUCAAUUAAAAAAGAUGCAUUGGAACUUUUCUUUGACGCCGACUUUUUCAAAUCAGAUCUAAAGACACUAGAACAAACUGGAAAGAUAAUCAAUCAAAUAAUGAUUCAUGAUAAGACUGCAUUAUCUGAUUUCAUAAAAAUUCUAAGUAAGAAUUGGACUCCACCAUCAGCUUUGAUGUUUGUUAAUAAGGAAACAGAGUAUAUGAAUCGUGCUAAACAAUUAAAGAGAUUGUCAUUCAUUCUUUGGAGUGGUGCUGAGAAUCAACAUCUUCAAAUGUUGACUCUGGUUCUCGAGAAGAUUGUAGAAUCACUGAGAAUACCAAAUGCCACUGUUUUACAUCUACAGGUGUUCUUCUGUUUGCGUGUUUUACUGGAGGCACCGUUCGUUCCGUUCAUCGACAGCAUUGCACAGAAUCCAGUGCUCUACGACGAGGAUAACGCUUCGCCAUUCGUCUCACUCACUUCGUCCGGUCUGUUCGAGCAGAACAACGCAUCCAACCAGCUGCUGCGUCCAUGCAUUAUGAUCCGAUCGGUUGGCGAUCUUCCCAAUGGCUACAACGAGUUCAAGUCGUUCCUCUCGACGUUCUCCGCUACGAUCUACCGUCGUCACAUGACCAACAGCUCCGUGGACUAUCAAUUUAUCAAUGAACAUCUCUGCUAUGAUUUCUCAGAGUUUGAUGCAACUAAGAUUGGCAUUACAUCUGACUGGACUCUAUUGAAUCAAAUUACUAGUUCCAACAACAACAGCAAUAAUGAUAAACGAAACUCUCUUGAACAUUCAUUGAAUCAUAGCGAAUCGAAUCAAGAAACAGAACAAACAUCACCCACUUGGACAAGAACCAAUCACACCACAACCAAUGCAGGAGGAUUCAAAUCGACUAUUAACUUUUUAGAAAGAUCUAGAACAUCAAGUUUAACAUCUUCAAGCGAACAACCAUCACCUCCACUCAACAGCUCACAAGAUGAAGCAAAUCAACAACAACAACAACAAAUAUAA